AUGGAUAAAAGAAUACUAAGUGUGGCGUAUAACUUAUUUCUUAGCAAAUAUACGAUCAGUGGCAACUUAUUUUUUGAACUUCAACUUGUAGCAAUCCUAAAUACCACAGUGCCAUCUAGAGCUUCGCCAAAGCAGUUCCCGAACCCAAAAGUACCCUCCGGGGUGGGGGCAAGCACAGGGUGCUUCCAUUUGCACCACUCCAAACACAUAGAAAAACCCGCUGCUUUCAAAACACACACAAAAAAAAAAAAAAAUACUAACACUGUGGCCCGUUCCUCCACUUCACCACGAGAACCAUCAGCUUGCUCCCCCGACAUGAACACCGUAGAUCAGGACAUCGCAGCAGCAAUCUCUACCAUCCAUCCAGAUAUCAUAGAGACCCACAUAUUGACCCGGCUUGACGGCCCAACUCUGGCAUCCGCCUCCUGCUCCUCCACGCAACUCCGUGCACUCGCGUCACACGAAAACCUCUGGACCAACAUUUGUCACUCUAUGUGGCCUUCUACCACAUCUCCACGUGUUUUCCACGUCAUCUCUAACUUCCCCAACGGUUCCAGCUCCUUUUUCUCCGACGCCUUCCCAUUAGCCAUGGAACCCGUGAGCUUCGGAAACUCGUCAGAAAAUCCUAACCUUCCAUCGGAAUUAAUCUCAGCUGUGGAUAUUUAUUACAAAAAAGAGCUCAUUUUCAGCAAAGUCGUCGAAACAGAAACAGUAACUGCAUGGUUCAAAUGCUCACCGUUUCGUGUGGAUUUAUUGGGUCCGAAAGAAGCGUUUUCGACCCGGAUACCACACCCUGACACGGAGGACACGUGUAGGGAUCUGGAGGAAGGCAUGGAGCUGAGCUGGAUCGUGAUCGACCCGAUAGGAAAACGGGCAAUGAAUCUCUCGAGUCAGAGACCGGUGACCAUACAAUGGCACUGGCUAAGCGGGGAUGUGCAGGUGAAGUUCGCGUCGGUAGUGACCGGCGGGAGGAGUGGGGCGGCGACGGAAUUGGUGCAGUGCGGGGUGGUGGUCACGUGCGGGGGUUCGGCGAGAGGGGAAAUGCACGUGAGGGAGGUGAGUUUGCAGGUGGAGGACAUGGAUGGGAUGUAUUUGAAGGGUAGGGAUAGCUUGGUAAUUUUGAAGAGAGGAUUGGAGGGUAAAAGAGGAAAAGUAAAGAAAAAGGAAGAGGAAAGGAAGAAGGAAUUUUUGGAGUUUUUGGAGAGGAAAAGAGAAAGGAAAGAAAAGAAAAUUAUGAGGGAAGGAAUUUUGGAUAUGCUUUGCGUUGCGUUUGGGGUUAUGGCGUUUGCUUCUUCAGUAUUAUUUUUUUUGUUAAGAUAA